AUGGAUUCACUCCCGGUAAACAACAAGACAGCCGGCGAAGCAGAAAGCACAUACAACAAAACACUGGAAACGGGUGCUGGAGCAACUCAGAACUUUGCUCCUGUAAAGCGCGUCUGCGCCCACCUCAACGCCUUCCACGCCUAUGCCGACGAUCCCAAGCGCGCUGCUGUGGAGGCAAAUCACUACUGUGCGCAUCUCAACGACGAAGUGCGGCAAUGUAUCCUCUACGACUCACCCGAGCCAGGCGCCCGCAUCAUUGGUAUUGAAUACAUGAUAUCCCCGAAACUCUACGCAACCCUCCCCACCUCGGAGCAAACCCUCUGGCACUCGCACGUCUUCGAAGUAAAAUCCGGCAUGCUAAUCAUGCCGCGUCCGUCCGGUAUUCCCGAAGCCGCCUGGGAACUCGCCGAGAACCGGGAGAUGGAAGAAGUCGUCCAGCUGUACGGCAAGAUCUACCAUUUAUGGCAGACGGACCGUGGUGAUAAGUUACCACUGGGCCCACCACAGCUUAUGACGAGUUAUACGGCUGCGGAACAGAUGCCGGAUUUUGAGGCGAGGAUAAAGGAGAGGGAUGAAAGGUUUGGGAGUGAUUAUAGUAGGAAGAAGGGGGUCAGGGAGUAUAUUGAGGUGCCAGAGAUUCAUGAGAAUGCGGAUGCGACGUGGGCGAAGGGUGGGGUAGGACAUGGAGGCGCCAGCGAAGGAAGUGGGUGA